UGGAAGCAGCUCAUUGGCUGGUUCUACUCAUGACGCGUUAACGCGGAAGUCAACCACCGCCUCGAGAAAAAUGGCUGCUCACAGGUGCAGCUGCUCGUCUUGGCUGUUUAUUCUUUUUAGUUUGUCCGUGUUUGUUGUCGCAGACAUUCAUGAAACGACGCCAGUUAAUGACCACCACGGUGGGGCUGACCAUAAUGCACAAACAGCGGAACAAACGGCUGACCAGCCCGCGGUGGAGGGGAGACGGUGGGAAGCAACCGAGGUUAAAGAAGCCGCUACGGUUGAUGCUGCAGCCGACACGCAGGGCACUUCUGCCCCUGAAACAGUGGUACCUUCGUCGGUACCACAGCCUAAAGACGACUUCCAAGAAGAGCUGGUCAUCAGACCUCUGCACUCUGGAGAUAUUUAUGCCAGCUUCCAGUUCCGCACCCUGUGGGACACAGACUUCAUGAGAGAAAACAAAGUGUCCCACUACCGGCUCUUUCCCAAGUCUCUGGGCCAGGUCAUCUCCAAAUUCUCGGUCAGAGAGCUGCACAUCUCUUUCACACAAGGUUACUGGAGGACCAUGCAGUGGGGGCAACCCUUUAUACCAUCGCCACCUGGAGCUGAGCUCUGGGUCUGGUUCCAAGACUCAGUGACAGAUGUCGAUGCUACAUGGAAGGAGCUAACCAAUGUUUUGUCAGGCAUCUUCUGUGCAUCACUGAACUUCAUUGACUCCACCAACACUGUUCAGCCCAGUGCCUCCUUCAAACCCCUGGGAAUAGGCAACGUGACAGACCACAGCUUCCUUCGCUAUGCCACCCUCCCACGAGAAAUUGUUUGCACAGAGAAUUUGACACCCUGGAAGAAACUCUUGCCAUGUGGAUCCAAGGCUGGUCUCGCUGUCCUUUUGAAGUCAGAGAAACUCUUCCACAGCAGUUUUCAUUCCCAGGCAGUGCACAUCAGGUCCGUGUGUCAGGACUGGCAGUGCAAAACCACAUCCUGGGAGCUGAGACAGACGGUGAAUUCAGUCUUUGACCUGCACAACUCUGGACAGGCCAAACGAGAGUGGUCUUUGUUCAAGAUGUUCUCUCGGACCCUGACAGAAGCUUGUCCGUUGGCCUCCUCCAGUAAACUAUAUAUCGACAUCACAGACAACCCUCAGGGGGAGCAGUUUGAGCUCAGCCCAGCCACUUCCCUGCUGAGCCAGGCAGUGGUGCUGGGAGACAGACGGACCUUCUCUGUGUACGAUCUGACCCAAGAAACCACCUUUGGCUCUGUGCGCUCCCUCAACCUGCUGAUUCGAUGGAAGUCCAAUGAGGGUGAAAUGCUGCGUCCCUUGCUCCAUGCUGAGCGUUAUGUGGCUGGAUACGGGCUGCAGACAGGAGAGAUUCACACAUUAAUGUACAACAACCACCCAUACAGGUCUUUCCCUGUACUGCUGUUGGACUCUGUGCCUUGGUAUCUUCGUCUCUACAUCCACACGCUCAGUGUGACGAGCAAGGGAAAGGACAACAAGCCCAGCUACAUCCACUACGAGCCAUCUAAGGACCGUGUGAAGCCCCACCUGUUGGAGAUGCUGAUCCAGCUUCCUCCAAACUCUGUGACUGAGGUUACAGUGCAGUUUGAGAGGGCUCUGCUCAAAUGGACUGAAUACCCACCCGAUCCCAACCACGGUUUCUAUGUCGGAUCUUCAGUUAUUAGUUCUCUUGUGCCAAGCACUGUCGCCAUGGAUACAAACAGCACUCGGGAACGACCACUUUUCAGCAGCUUUUUUCCCUGUAAAGAAGAGUCCAGCUACUUUGUCCGCAUCUACACAGAGCCUCUGCUUGUCAAUCUGCCCACUCCAGACUUCAGCAUGCCUUACAAUGUCAUCUGCCUAACAUGCACUGUAGUGGCUGUGGGCUACGGCUCCCUAUACAACUUACUAACGCGGAGCUUCCAGAUCGAAGAGCCCAACCCAGGACUGGCCAAGCGGAUCGCUAACGUCAUCCGAAAGAUGAGGGGCGUCCCGCCACUCUGAGGCUUUGUGAGCAUGCCAAGUGGCAUCUUUUAGAAAGGAAGUUUUCCUUUUGUUGAAACUACUGGAAAAUAUGUAAUAUACAGGGAAGAACUGGGACAAAUACUGCUAUGAAUGUUUUAAAACCUGUCAACUUGAGGAUUUUGUUGUUGAAUGGAAUAAGAUGGAUACAUUUGUUGAACAUUUGUGUUGUAAAGCAAUUUCUUGCUGCCUAAGGACAGAAAAAGUAGACGGGAAGUUGAAGAUUUGUUCUUGUUUGAUAAAUAAGAGGAGCCAAAGCUGAACAAUGGGCUGCAGUGCUUUAAAAUCCCUUAGUUUUGGGGGAUUUUGGGUGGGUUUUUUUUUUUUUGUUUGUUUUCUGGAUUUUUUAAACUAUAACUCAUUACAUCAUAAUGCCACACUGUCAUUAAGGCAUACUGUUACUGUGAGGAAACUGUAAUAAAAUCAGGUUAUUCUGAUUUCAUAUCUCACUGCACUCUGAAGCCUCUGAAAUAUAAUCGCUUUUUGGUCUCUAAGUGGUCUUAAGACUUAUUUGGCAUCUCUGCCACUAUGAGAUACACUAAGUCAAAGUCACUUCAGGAUGUCAUAAUGUUUUUCUUCUUAGACUGCUUAUUUUAAUUGAAACUUCAUUCAUGACAGGGCAUCAAAAAACUCUAAAACUCAUUCCAGUAUGAUGUCCAGAAUAUUGUGUGAAAAGGGAACGAAUGCUAAAAAGUACUUAAAAGUGAUUAAAAUGAACUUUUUUCAUGUUUCUACGCAGGAUAUCAAUUGUCAAGUAAAACCAAGCUGCCCUUUACCAAAUAUUUAUUUGGCACUGAUUUUGGUUACAGUUUUGAAUGUUCAAUGCAAUUGUCUGAGCAUAAUAAAUACCUUUUAUUUGUUGAAUUAUUAA